AUGAGGAAAGUGAUAGCUGUGGAUGCGACAUCGCUGAAGAACAGAUAUGGUGGUGUUCUAUUUUUCGCGAAAGCUCAAGAUCCUAAUAGUCAUAGUUAUCCACUUGCGUUUGCAGUACUAGAUGGUGAGAAUCUUGCUAGUUGGACUUGGUUUUUCGAGAUGCUUAAAAGUGUUAUACCAGACUCUUCUGAACUGGUUUUCAUGAGUGAAAGAAACCAGAGCCUGAUCUUCGCUAUAGGAAACAUGUUUCCACAGGCUAACCACGGGUAUUGUUUAUGGCAUUUGAAGGAAAAAGUGAAAUGGCAUGCUUGUAACGUCAACAAGAAUAUAGUCGGGCAUAGAUUUAUGGAGUUGGGCAGAUAUUACACGGUGGGUGACUUCAACUCUUCUUACGACUCAUUUAAGAAAAGAUAUCCUGUUGUGUACAAGUACAACUUCGAUACAAGCAACAGUGUGGAAUCAAUGAAGAGCGUGUUUAAAGAGGCAACGAGGUGGGCCUUAACACCAAUGUUGGAUUGUAUCGUCAGGAAAUUCUCUGAUUGGUUCACUCAACGGAAGGAUGUUGUUUGUAAAUCAAUCGGUACAAGACUGGUGCCUUUGGUUGAGAACUACUUGCAUGAUCUAUGGGCUGUUGCACAACAUCUAUCUGUACGGGAGCUUAAUAGUUAUGAGCUUAAGUACGAGAUCACUGACACUGUAGGAAAGAUGUUUUGGGCGAGCUUGGUUGGAAAAUCUUGUACUUGCAAGGUGUGGGAUUAUGAAAAGUUUCCUUGUCUGCACGGACUGGCAGCUUACAUCUAUUUCACUACGAACGUUGAUGGCAGCCGCCUUAAUAUCCAUGAGUUGUGCUCAAAAUACUACUGGACGGAACUGUGGGCUUUGGCGUAUGACAGGACACUUUAUGUUGUGCCCGACAUGUCUUCUUGGAAUGUACCGAAUCGGAUCAAGGAGGUGAAGAUCAUACCUCUGGAUCGUAUCACGAGGAAGGGAAAGAAAAGAGUUAAAACUACUUAA